AACAAUGUGACGUUGACGGACGUGUUCGUAAACAUAGUAGUUUAUUGUUUUAAAUAUUUUAUCAUCUUUUUACUCUAAAAUAAGACAGAACUCUUCUAUAAUGAAUAUAUGCCGAACCUGCCUCAAAACUCCAGCUAUCAGGAAUAUAUCCGAGCUAGAAAAGGGCAUAGGUGAGGACAACAAAAACUACCUCGACAUCAUGGUGUUUUGUUUAGAUAUCAAGGUUACACAAGACUCAAAAAUUACAACGAAGCUAUGUAAUAACUGCUAUAGAAAAAUCAUAUCAUUCUAUAAGUUUAAGGCACUAUCCUUGAAAAAUGAUGCCUAUUUAAAAUCUCUAGAAGUAACGCUAGUGGAUCAUAAAUUAUCCAUAUACGUCGAUGAAAAUAAUGUCAAACAUGAGAAUUCUCUUGAUUAUGAUGAAUAUGUCUCGGUUAUUGAAAAUUGUCAGAUGGAAAUUAAACAGGAAUUAGAUCUUAAGGAUGAAGAUACCUUGGGAGAUGUAGAGUCGGAUGAAGAGCUGCUUAGUGUUAUACAGAGAGUAAAAUAUGAAAAUAUUCAGGAUGAGACCAAAGAAAAUGCACCAAUAAAUAAAAAACGUGGCCGUCCAAGGAAAAUAAAGGCAUUAAAACUAGAAAAUGUGAAACAAGAACGGCAAGUGUGCGAGGAGUGCGGCAAGUCAGUCCGUAACCUGAAGGAGCACUCACUUCAGCACCUGCCCAUGAGCGAGCGAAAGAAGCUACAGUGUAAAGUCUGUCCGAAGCUGUUUUCCACAUACGGUGCGCGGACCAGGCAUUACAAGAUUAAGCAUUUAGGCAUUAAGUCUGAAUGCAAUAUUUGUCACAAGAAGGUUGUGUGCCUGUCGACGCACCGCCUGCGCGUGCACAACCGCGAGGCGCUCCCGUUCGGCUGCGUGCAGUGCGAGCGCCGCUUCGUGUCGCAGGGCGUGCUCGACGUGCACAUGACCACGCAUACGAAGGACCGCGCCUUCCAGUGCGACGUGUGCGAGAAGAAGUUUCGGUCGCAGCUGCAUGUUAACAUACAUAAACGACAGGUCCACGAUAAAGAAAAAACACACCUAUGUCAAUUCUGCUCAAAGACUUUCUUCAAGAAGUACCAUUUGCAAGUACAUUUAAGAUCGCACACCAAAGAGCGCCCCUACGAGUGUAGCGAGUGCGGCAAGUUCUUCUCCUCCAGCAGCACGCUGAAGGAACAUCGUCUCAUACACGGAGACGUCAAGAACUACCACUGCGAUCUCUGUGACAUGAGCUUUAUGAAGCCCGGCUACCUGAAAGUCCACAUGAUCAGCCACACGAAGGAGAAGCGCUACCCGUGCGGGUUCUGCGGCGUGCGCUUCGGCCGCUCCGACCACCGCCGCCGCCACGAGUUCACCGCGCACCAGAAACACCUGCGGGCCGACUGACGACUCUACGGCCGGGGGAUAAGGUUCAAAAUCGAGGGGAUGGUAUAGGACAGGUGCAGAGAUAAAUUUGUAUUGUCCUCGGUGUAGGGAAUAUUUUUGCUGAGUACUGCUCAGCGGCAGAGUGUUAUUCAAUACAUAUUUAACCUUUUCGACGCCGUGUCAAACACAAAAGCUGUCACUCGGCCGCCACGUCACCGAAGUGUCAAAACUGAAGAUGAACUUUAUGCAUAUGCACGUAGGUCUAUGUUGCUCUGUGGUCUGUGACCGAUUAAUGAGUCUUUGGCGUUGGACCUGCGGUGCGGAUAUAUCGGUCAUUGGCGUCCAAAAGGUUAAACUUAAAAAAACUACGAAAAGGGAUUUAGGUAGUUACUUUUAUAACUGUAUACCUUUUUCCGGGGUUUAAAUUUUAGCAUUCAAGGUGAUCGUUUUGUUUAACUUUAUUCAUAGGGUAUUAGAAUUCAAAUUUUUAAAUAAAUUUCGCUAUUGGAGUUCGAUUUAUUUGUACAAAGAACUAAUUUGUAUAAUGUGAUAUUUCGUUAAAGUAAAUGAUAUUAUUUUUUUUUUAUCUUUUUUUAAAAAUUUCGCCACUAUAUAAUUUUAAUAUUUUUUUAUAUAUUAAGUUCGAUAAGGUUUAAAAUACUUUUCAUUGGGCCAGAGUUGUAUUUGCUUUACUUCGUUUGUCAAAGGAAAGUCAGCUCAAAUGCUUGAACUCUAAGUAAAAAUUUCACUGGCAGGUUAUUUCUAUAUGGUUAUACCUAGUUACGUAGUUUUAUGAGUAAGCAAAGAUAGGUUGUAAGUAAUUAUAAAAACCUCUCGACUUCUAUUUAUGUUACAAUUUUAAGCUAAUGUUAAAAGUAUUUUAUUCAAAAAUCUAUAUUUUGUUAUUUCAAUUGUGAACAUGUGAUAAAGUUAAGCACUUCUAUUAAAUUGUUUAUCUAUAUUUGUUAAA